ACAUGAUGAAGAAUGAUUUUCAUCGAAAGAAUGAUUAAAGUGAAAGAUAUUUUCAUCGUGAUAGAAAACUUGUAAGUUAUUUUUUAUUACGUAGCAUUUGGCCUUUUUCAGUCAUUCGCCUAUUGUAAAAGAAGAGUGAAAUAGUUUUGCGAAAUGUCGAAGGUUUCAUUAUUGAAUUACAAAGAACUGCAGGAACUCUCUAGUUUCAAAAAGAAUUGAUGAAAUAAUUGAAUUCGGAAAGAGUGGACGCACGUGUUCUCUUCAGAUUAAUUGACGAACGAACGAUGGUUGGCACCCGUUUGUGAUCUGGUUAGUUGGUGAAGCGUCAAUAUCUGAACAUACUCAAGAAGUAACCAUUUUAGCACUCGACUGAAAUAAUGCAGCUUUGGUUCUUUGGUUGCGUUUUCCUUUUGAAGAUCAUUGAUGCAUCGCCUUUUUGGCACCGUGUUGCUCGACAAGUGAUUUUCCCUCGUUCUUCUAGCCACGAUGAUUCAUGUAAAACACCAACUGAAAGAUCCGGGGCAUGCAUUCCUGUUCUUCAGUGUCGUAGCUUGAUUCAAGCAAGGAAUAUGGACCUUAUGAGAAAGUCCAUCUGUGGAUUCGAAGGAAAAGCUCCGAGAGUUUGUUGUCCUGCUAGAACAGAUGAUGACAUAGCACAGGAGACUGAAGUCUUAUCGCCAGAUAUUAGGAGAGGUUUCGAACAAAAUUCAACUUCCUUGCCUUCUGAUUCAAAUGUAACAGUCACUAGUAGUGCCAGUACUAAUAAAGCAGAUGCACGGAAUCUUAGGAAUUUAACACUAAACAAUGAAAGUAGCGAAGAUGAAAGGAAGAAUAUUUUCCCUACUGAAUGUGGGCGUACUUUAGUAACAUUUCGUCGAAUAGUUGGCGGUCAGGAAUCGGUAAUUGGAGCUUGGCCUUGGAUGGCUCUGAUUUACUUCAUUCGAAGAAGUGGGAGAAGUGCUGAAUGUGGGGGAGUUGUAGUUACUUCAAAGCAUGUAGUCACUGCUGCUCAUUGCAUUGUAAGUUCAAGACGAGGAAACACAAUGAGCCCACGACAGUUAAUGGUUCGUCUUGGAGAUCACGACAUUGAAUCUGAUAAUGAAGGAGCUACUCCAGUGGAUUUUGCCGUCGUAUCGGUUAUAAAAUUCGAAGGAUUUGAUCUCAGAACAUUUCAGAACGACAUUGCGAUACUAGUUUUAAAUACGACAAUUCAGUUUGGAAAAAAUAUCGCUCCAAUUUGCCUUCCAUUCGAUGUAUUCAAAGGAGAUUUAUCUAACAGAAAUGCUUUUACUGCAGGUUGGGGAACUAUAAGCUAUGGGGGACCAGCAAGUUCGAAACUUCAAGAAGUGCAACUAAGGAUUUGGGAGAAUCCACGAUGUAAAGUAGUUUUCAGGAGAGAAGUGCCUAUUACUGGAGCUAAUGUGUGUGCUGGUGAUGGUGACAAGGAUGCUUGCAGGGGCGAUUCAGGGGGUCCAUUAAUGUUAGCUCACACAGAUGGAAGAUUUUAUCUUAUUGGAAUUGUUUCUUUUGGUAAAAAAUGUGCUGAACCAGGAGUUCCAGGAGUUUAUGCUCGGAUAAGUCACUUUAUAGACUGGAUCGUACAACAAGUGGAGAAAACAAUGUAAUUUUUUUGCCUAGAAACUGAAACGUCAAAUUUCUUGAGCUUAUCCAGAGACGAAACUCGCUUAUACUGCUGUUUUGUGUCUUAAGAGAAAUAUAUACUACAUUUAGUCCAGUCUUAAAUUUCCAUCUGAUGCAGAUGCUCCUUUCUCCAUCAUUAGUUUCGUUUCUAAUCUUAUCAAUCCUGCAGGGACGAAACUAGAUGAUAGAGAAGUGCUCAAUCGUUAGAAAAGAGAGUCAAACUCGCGGUCCGCAACGAAUAUCUUUGCAUCCUAGAAACAGAUAACAGAAUAUAGUAAUUUUCUUUUUAAUCUUAUAGCUCAGUUCUAUAAAUUCCUAAUUAUGCAGAUGUUUCCUCAGCCUUCUCCGAUUUCCUUCGUAGAUAAAAAAUAAACACACAACCAUGAGCAGUUAUUAAGAAUCAAUAUCAAAUCCACGUGGAAGUAAUCGAGAUUCAAUGAUGUUCCGAUAAGAAGAGAAAAUUCAUCGUAGUUGGGAUGUUUGAAUCUUAUAAAUGUUUGCCAAUCAGGUUUGGAAACAUUCAAAAAUUUUCAUAGGAAAUUAUUUCCAAUUUAGCAGCAUCUUUUGGUGAGAAUAUUCAUUUUUACUUAAAAAGGUAAAUAAGUCCCCUGUCAGAUUCUAAUAUUGACAUCCAUAUUGGAUUAAUUAUAGAAUUAAUUAUCGCUGACUAGAUAUUCUCAGAAUACAAAAACAUUGUAGCUGAGAAGAGAUGCGGAAGUGCCAGGAAGAAUUUUUAAAGCUUCGCAUGAACAUAGAUUUUGAUUAUUUGGCCUAUGUGUUGGCAUUUGAGUGAUAUAAACAACGUUUGGUUUCCCAUUAUGUUGACUUUAGUAGUUUCUCUUCCAUCCUUUAGUUUCGUCCCUGGAUUUCUCAUUUGGGCUUUCAGCUUAUCUUUUAUACUUAUGUAGUUGUUUUCGAAGGAGGCACUCUUUUUCAAUCUUUAGCUUUGUUCUUGACUUUUCAUUUGUUGUUUUCAGAAUUUAUUACAUCUGAAUGAAAUAAAAUUGCCAUGAGAAGGACAACCCUUACUAUCAGCCAUUCUAACAAUUGGUCUAGAAGUUCUACAUGAAUAGUGGAUAAAAUUGAAAAAAAAAAAAUUGAAAGCACAAAUGGAAUUGAAUUUCUGCAAAAGUUUGAAAUUUCACUCGGUUAAUCAAAGUAGUAUUAUCAAUCUGAAUAUGAAAGUCUGCCAUUAAAAUGCGUUAAAUUCGUUGAGAUAUUCAUUCUUUAGUAAAAAUUCUUUAAUUAGGUACAGAAAGAUACAAUUGAACAAAAUGUAAAUUUUCUAUAAUUUUCGAUUUUUAUUAGGAAGCUAAACAUGUAUAUGUUGAAAGGCAUAAUAUAUUACUAAAUUAUUUAAAUUAAAAAUAUUUAAUUUUAACUUUUAGUUCUAUCUAUAUCCAAACUCUUUAAAUUUGUCGAACCAAACCAAAUUAAAUACACGGUAAUUUAACUCCGUCCGAGCCGGUCUCAGGACUUCUUGGAUCCUCGCAGCUAGUGCAGGAAUUUACUGCAUUUAAUGAAAAAGCAGCGUCAUGUAGUAAAUCAUUCUUUCAUUAUUUUAAUUUAAACUCAUUUGUGUGAAGAUUUUGAAAGUGUUCUCAAACAAGGUAAGAAUGAAAGAAAUUUUAAUACAAGUUUCUUUCCGCUGUUUUAGAUGAAUCCCUAUUUUACGCACAAAUUGUUUGAUGUCAUCAUUUAACGUUUUUAAAAACAUUUUAUUAAAAAAUUGACUACAAGAUAUGGAGAAAAAAAAGCGGAAGCACUUACUCAA